AUGGUAAACUACGCGCCUUAUCCAGCUCAGUACAUAGAACAAGUCUACGAGUAUUUCCAUAAGCAACACGCUCUAAAAUUUGAAGGGACAACUGACCCCUUUGAGGUUGAAGAAUGGCUCAAGAAUGUUGAGCCUAUUCUAAAACACAUGAACCUUGUCAUCGGUACGAGGGUGGAGGAGUUUUCCAGUCUGAAGCAGGGAAAUUUGAAAGUAGCCGAGUAUGCUCGACAAUUUGAUCGUCCAGCAAAGUUUGCACCAGAGUUAGUCCCAACAGACUACUUAAGGGUUACCAAGUUCACCAAAGGACUUAAAUCCAAGAUUGGGUUAGGAGUCAAGCUUGCAAACCCUGGAACCACUUCUUAUGCCGAUGUUCUUGAAACAGCUAUAGAGGAUGAAAGGCUUCAAGAAAAUGUUAGUAAGGAGGAGCAAGUAAAGGCGAAACAUCAGCCACCCCCAGACUUAUUGCAACUGCUUAGUAUUUCAGAAUGGACAUGGGAAGACAUAGCCACAGACUUCGUGACAGCAUUACCAAAAAUAAGUAAGCAACAUGAUUCAGCUUGGGUUGUGGUGGAAAGACUCACAACGUCAGCUCACUUCCUACCUGUCAAGACUACGUACAUUGCAAAGCAGUAUGCAUACAUUUAUGUUCGUGAAAUUGCUGUUAGAGAGGCUCAAGAUGCAGUGGAACUGAUUAAAGAGCGUAUGCUCGUCGCUCAGAGUCGACUAAAGAGUUAUGCGGAUGCCAAGUGA